UCUGUAACACAGUUUGUGUGCGUCGCUCAUUGUCCAAGGUCAGGAUAAGCUAAGAUGGUCUGAAUUUUAAAAAAUGUGAACUACUUGAACAAAAAGGAUAGAUUAGAUUACUUUGUUCUGUACAGAAAGGUGCAUCAAACGCAGGAAUAAGGAUUUGGUUGAUGAGUCACAUCACAUUAGUACAGUAAGAGUGGCUCCCUGCUUUGUUACUGUUUCAUGCAUAUUCUCAAUAAGACACAGCCAGUGAGCCAGCAAAGCAAACCCGGAUAUGCACAAAUAAAGUUUUAAAUUUUCUCCACAAAUUGGCUUUGCAAAGCAAAUCCACUAACUCUUGCUUGAUUUUUUCGUUAAUUCUUCUUGAUAUUAUGUAAAUGUUCAUGUAUGGUGGACCCAUUCAACAUUAUCUUUGGCGACAGUACAUCACCUGUGUCUUAGAGCUUUGGUUCAGGACCCACACAAGGGUUCACGGUUUGAAUCUAUGGGGUCUUAAGGGACAUAAGGGGGAAAAACUGCCACAAAACUUUUCUUUUUUUCUCUUUUUUGACUUUUGACUUAAUUUGACAAACUUUUACUUUAACCUUUAAUCACCGGAACUGUUAACAACUCACUGAUGUGCACAACACACAACAGGUUGUGUUACAUCACCUCAAGAGGUUUGACUCAAAAUGAAUACAUUUUGCUCCUAAAGCAAAUAAAAGCAUUGUUUUGAGCUGAAAUCCAUACAGGGAAAUGCCUUAUGCAAAAUGUAAGGCUCCUAGUUAGCGGCCAUAUCUAGUUUCCAAGGCAAUAACUUGCAAUGAAUGCCACAGUUUUAGCUCUCAUAUGGUUUUGAUUUCAUUUUUUUCUAUCUGCUUUAGAGGCUUAGAAAUACAACUUUUAGUGAUCAUCGAAUUAUUUUUGGAAACCCUCAGGGUUUUAUGAUCAUCUAACAAGGGGGAACUUAGUUGACCAAUCCCAGCUACGCCAACAUGGAAUAUCGCUGACCUCGUUGUGUGCUCGUUCCCUGUCUUGUACAUUUUGGAUUAUAAUGAAAUACAUGAAAAUACAAGAACCACGCCCACCACGCACAGACAAUCUCGAUCGCGUACAUCUUAUGCUGCGACCUGACGCCUCGGACAAGAGAAAAGGGGCGUGUCUCCCGUGAUGUCACCCUUGCUCACCAACGACCCAACACGCGACGUGAACGUCGCCCCACUUCGUCCUCGUCGCCCGAGCCGACGAACAUGGACUUCUCCAUCCGCGCAGCCAACCAGGACGACUGCAGGGACAUCGCGCGCAUGCUCAUGGAAUUAUCUGAAUAUGAGAACAUGACAGACCAGGUGAAAAUCUCGCAGAAAGACUUGGAGCAGGAUGGUUUCUCCACGAAGCCGUUCUUCCAUGGGAUCGUUGCUGAGGUGCCAGAACAGCACAAAGCCAAAGAAGGUCACACCAAGAUAGGCUAUGCACUCUACUUCUAUUCCUACAGCUCGUGGGUCGGCAGAGUCAUUUACAUGGAGAACCUGUACGUGAUGCCGGAGUUCAGAGGGAAGGGCAUUGGUAAAGCAUUAAUGAGCAAGGUAGCGCAGCUGGGCCUGGCUGCCGACUGCACCCAGCUCCAUUUCACCGUUCUGGACGGGAACAAAUCAUCUCUGAACUUUUACUUCAGCCAGGGCUGCUUAAAUCUUACGGGCAAAAUGAGCUACCAGUUCAUGUGCUGCGAGGGAAAGGCGCUGGAGCGCCUGGCCCAACCCUGACCAGCCGGCUGGGCGCGUGACCUCUCCGUCAACACAGUGCAGGGAUAGAGCACCGCUCUGUGGCCCUGUUCCAACACCUGAAAAUAACAAUCAUUAAACAGAUUUCUGGGGGGAAAAAAGACAUCAUUAAAGGGAUAGUUCAGUGAUUUUGAAGUGGGGGUUGUAUGAGUUACUUACGCAUAGUUAAUAUGUUACCUCAUUGGAGAUGGUGAUCAGUGAUGUCAUUUAAAUGAAUCUGGAGUGGAAUUGGAAGAAGCAAAAGUCUUUGUCGCACUGUUGCAGAGGGGGCCACGGAAAAACGGUGAACACACAAUUAAAUCUGUUCAUUAAACUUACCAAGUGUGAAACUAG